UAGUUAUAAUUGAUAUCAACUUAACUUCAAUUUCUUAGUAACAAGAAUUGCAAAAACUUGAAUCAAUAUCUCUAUUCGUCUCAGUGAAAGGAAAAUGAAAAGCUCAAUGGGUUCUCUCUUUGUAGUCUUACUCUUUGCUUUGGUUUGUUCCCUUGUCAAUGCUACUGAUCCAGGAUCCCUACAAGACUUUUGUGUUGCUGCUAAAAAUCCCAACGCAGCUGUGUUUGUGAACGGAUUAUUCUGCAAAGAUCCAAAACUUGCUGUGCCAGAAGACUUCUACCUUGCAGGAUUUAAUAAACGCGGUGAAAUUAAGAGUCCAGUAGGGUCCCUUGUCACACAGGCUAAUGUUGCUCAAAUUGCUGGACUUAACACUCUUGGUAUCUCCAUGGUCCGUAUCGAUUAUGCACCAUAUGGCCUUAACCCACCGCAUACACACCCAAGAGCCACUGAGAUUCUAGUUGUUUUGGAAGGUACUCUUGAGGUCGGAUUUGUCACUUCUAACAGUCCGGACGGCAACAAACUCUUCAAAAAGUUGCUUUAUAAGGGAGAUGUGUUUGUAUUCCCCAUCGGACUCAUUCAUUUUCAAUAUAAUGUUGGGAAAACCCCAGCAGUUGCUAUUGCUGCUUUAAGCAGCCAAAACCCUGGCGUGAUCACAAUUGCUAAUGCAGUUUUCGGAUCAAAAGCACCCAUAAAUGAUGAUAUUCUCGCCAAGGCUUUUCAAGUUGAUAAGAAAGUGGUUGACUAUCUUCAGUCACAGUUUUGGAUGGACAAUUAGACUAAAUAUGAAUGAUUAAUUAUUAUUAUGAUUGUUUUUAUUAGAAUAAACUCAUCGAUGAGAGAUGUAACUAGACAUAAAUACUGUUGUAAUUGUCAUUGAUAAUGUACCGAAGUUCAUAAUAUUUCGAUACA